AUGGCCGGAUUUGGGGAAGAAGGAGGAGAGUUCGGGAGUGAAGAAGGAGAGGUGUCCGUCUCGUCGUCUUCUCACUCACUGGCUUUCUGGGCGCCAACUAGGAAAAUCUAUUCUAUUGCCGGAGCAUGUGGUUGGAGAUCUAGUCUCUGUCCGCCGGAGGAUGUGAUCUCUGGUGCCAUGAAUCUAGUAGUUACUAUUGCUCGAUGUGGUCUCUACACCGUUGAUUUGGUCGCUCGCUCGUUAGAGAGUGAGAGGCCUCAAACGGUGGGUGUUAAUGUGGGGAAAGCAAAGAGAGACCUAACAGACAGUAGUGCGCUAGUAGCGGUGGGUUCGCCAUCUCUGCUAUUGGUAGUGGAUCUGGAGCAGUUAGUCGAUAACAGAAGAGAAGGAGAGAAAGCGCGAGAGAGGAAGUGA